GUUGGAAGGGAACCGUGCCGCUCUUGGUUGGAAGAGGCCCGCGCACGCGGCGGCGGCGGCAGGAGGAGUGGUAGAUCGUGAGGGGAGAGCGGCUGAGCAGGGAGCUGAGAGUGGUCCCGGCCAUGGCGGUGCAGGAGCCCCGUCCCAACCACACCAUCUACAUCAACAACCUGAACGAGAAGAUCAAGAAGGAUGAGCUGAAGAAGUCCCUCUACGCCAUUUUCUCGCAGUUUGGGCAGAUUUUGGACAUUUUGGUGUCGCGCAGUCUCCGCAUGCGGGGCCAGGCCUUUGUCAUCUUCAAGGAGAUGAGCAGCGCCACCAACGCCCUGCGCUCCAUGCAGGGCUUCCCCUUCUACGACAAACCCAUGCGGAUCCAGUACGCCAAGACUGACUCGGACAUCAUCGCCAAGAUGAAGGGAACGUUUGUGGAGCGGGAGCGGGAUCGGGACCGGGAGCGCAAACGGGACAAGCGCAAAGCCAAGGGGGGAGAGGCCCCUGGCCCCAAAAAGAGCGGGGCUGCAGCACAGGGGGCAGCGCAGGGGGCAGUGCCCGGGAUGCCGCCGCUGGCGCAGCCGCCCCGGAUGAUGCCGCAUCUGGGGGGACAACCACCCUACAUCCCUCCCCCGGGCAUGAUUCCAGCCCCAGGAAUGGCCCCGAAUCCGGGAAUUCCCCCAGGAAUGGCCCCACAGCCUGGAAUGGCCCCGAUCCCUACCCCACAGCCCCUGUCGGAAAACCCUCCAAACCACAUCCUGUUCCUGACCAACCUCCCUGAGGAGACCAACGAGCUGAUGCUCUCCAUGCUCUUCAACCAGUUCCCAGGGUUCAAGGAGGUGCGCCUGGUGCCCGGGCGCCACGACAUCGCCUUUGUGGAGUUUGACACCGAGGUGCAGGCGGGCGCCGCUCGCGAGGCCCUGCAGGGCUUCAAGAUCACCCAGAGCAACGCCAUGAAGAUCUCUUUCGCCAAAAAGUGACCCAAAACACUGCAAACCCCACCAAAAUACCCCCAAACCCCCCAAAAAAAGGGUCCAAAAUACCCCAAGAUCCAAAAAAGGCGCCUCAAACCCGCCCCUAAAUACCCAAAACCUGCCCCAAAACGCCCCAAAUCCCUCCAAACCACCCCAAAAUCCCAUAGAAACACCCUAAAAUCCUUCCGAACCACCCAAAAUCCCAUAGAAACACCCUAAGAUACCUCAAAACCACCCCAGAACACCCUAAAUCCCACAAAACUGCCUUCAAAUCCGAGAAAAAGACUCCAAAAUCGCAGAAAACUGCCCCAAAAAUGGUCCUGACCGUGCUCCAAACCCCCCCAUGCACCCCUACACCCCCAGGUAAGUUCAGCUGGGCCCAAAUUCUCCUUUUUUAAAUCCUCCUUUAUCCCACCCCAAAUCUUCCUUUUCCCACCCCAAUUUUUUUUUCCAAGCCCAAAUCCUUUAUGAGUCCCCAAAUUCCUUUUCCCAUCCCAAAAUCUCUCUUUUCCUCCCCAAUUCCCCACCCCAAAUCCUGUUUUUUCACCCCAAAUCCUUUGUGCAUCUCAAAUCUCAUUUAUCCACCCCAAAUCACCUUUUCCCACCCCAAAUCACCUUUUUCUACCCCAAAUCCUUCCCUCCCCACCCUAAAUCCCCCUUUCCCACCCAAAAUCUCCUUUUUCAACCCCAAAUCCUCUUUUCCCACCCCAAAUGCUUCCCUGCCCACAUUAAAUCCUCUUUUUCCACCCAAAAUCUUUCCCCAUCCUGAAUCCCUCAAUUCCCACCCCAAUCCCCAUUUUCUCCUCCCCACCCUAAACCCCCCUUCACCCACCCUAAAUCCUUUUUUACCCCAAACUCUCCCUUUUUCAUCUUAAAUCCUUCUUUUUCCACCCCAAGUCCCAUUUUUCCCACCCAAAGUCCUUUUCCAACCCAAUAUCCCCUUUUCCCACCACAAUCCUGACCCCAAAUCCUCAAUCUCCACCCUAAAUCCCCUUUUCCCACCCAAAUCUCCUUUUUCCAUCCCAAAUCCUUUUUGUCUGCAUCCCAAAUCCUCCUUCUUUCACCUCAAAAUCUCCUUUAUCUCUGUUAAAUCCUAUUCAUUCCUUCCUAAAUCUCACCCCAAAUCCCCUUCUUCCACCCUGGAUCCCCACCCCAAAUCCACUUUCUCAGCCCCCCAGGGGCUUUUGGGAUUCCCGAGGAGUUUUUGGGCUUCUUCCCAGCAUUGUACCCAGGGUCUCUCUGCAGACAUUGCACCUGGAGCUGCCCCCAACCCAGAUAAACCCAAAUCCCCUUUUCCCACUCCCCCAGAUACUUUUGGGGUUCCCAAGGGGUUUUUGGGGUCUUUCCCAGCAUUGUACCCAGGGUCUCUCUGCAGACAUUGCACCUGGAGCCUUCCCAAAUAAACCCCACUGUGCCUCCCA